AUGUCAGAACAGAAUACUGAUAAUGUAGAUCUACAACAAAUAUAUAGUCAAUCUUUAUUUCAAACAUUAGAGGACUGUAAGAUCUAUAUUGAUAAUCAACUUGUCUACUUGUAUCUGAAAUAUAAAGAUAAUGAUCAGCUAUAUGGUCAGCUAAUUAAAGCAUUGGAAUACUUUGGUAAACAGAAUCAUAUAUUGGUAUUCAAUGUUUAUUUAGAUCUUUUAAAAUCAAUAGUUGUAAAUAAUUUCGAAUCAUUUAAAUAUAUCAAAUUACUAUCUGUUUACAAUAUAUUAUUGAAAGGUGUCAUUAGUAGUAUUGAUUCAUUCAAUAGUUUGAAAGAGAAUGACGAUGAUUUCCACAGAUCUUUAGAAAUAUACACUCAAUCCAUAGAUUGUUUUAUCACUUUAUUGAAUGUUCCUUCAUUCAUAUGCGAAAUAGAACAACAAAGAAUAUACAAUGGUGAUGAAUAUGAAGAGUUAAUAACAAAAUCAAAGCAAUUGGUCAAUUCAAAUGAAUUGCUUAUCGAUGCACUAUCGACAUUGAUGAUGAGUGAUAGCUAUUUAGUUACAAAGAAAUAUCAUUGGUCGAUACUGAUAGGUGAUAAACUCCUACCGAUUCUAUUACAGUAUAUUGGUAGUUAUAAUAUCAAUAAUAAUGACAACAACAACAACAACAACAACAACAUAGAUAUUGAAUCAUUUUCAACAAAAAGACUUUAUUGGACAAACAAAACAAUCGAUUCUAUCGCCAAACGAUUGUUAGAUAGACUACUACAACUGACCGAUACAUCGUCACUCAUUGAAAUUCUCAGUCAAAAGAAGAAUCUUAUAUUGAAACAGCUGUUAUUGACACUCUCAGCCGACAAUGAAAGUAAAUGGUUAUACAAUAUCGUUGUUAUUCAAUCGUUUACAACUAUAGUAUCAUUAACAAGUAAAUAUGAAACAGCACAACUCUUAGAACUUUUUAAUCCACAUAUUCCCAAUAUCAUAAUCAAUCUGAUACAUUGCUCAGAUAAAUCACUUAAACUACAUGCAUGUAGAAUAUUAGAUUAUACUUUGAAUCAACUGAACGAUCAACAAAUUAAAACAUUGAUAUUAUCAAACCAAAAUAGUAUAUAUGAUAAUUAA